GCAGGCGCCGACGAGCCCUGCCUGGAUGCUCAGUCAAGGCACUAAGGCAAAAAAAAAAUCAGCAAUUUAUAGAAAGAAGAAGCUAUAGUCUGUCGGGAUAUCCAACACCAACAGUAGGGCUUAUUGAGACCUCCAUUUCUGGAAAGCGUUGCAAGACUGAGGAAUAUCAGACUGCGAAUCACCGGGAACGGUUCCCUUGCAGCACAGAAGCAAUCUCUCUCCCCAUCUUCGCAUAUUCUGAUGGCAAAUCAAAUGGAAGAAAAGAGGAAGCAUGACUGCAGAUCGGAUCAGUUCUCUUUGUGGAUUACAUUUUCAGUAAAAUGUAUGGAUCUAUCUUUUCCUUGUUCUUAUAUCUAGAUCAUGAGACUUGACUGAGGCUGUAUCUUUAUCCUCCAUCCAUCUAUGGCGAACUAUAGCCAUGCAGCUGACAACAUUUUGCAAAAUCUCUCUCCUCUAACAGCUUUUCUGAAACUGACUUCCUUGGGUUUCAUAAUAGGAGUCAGCGUGGUGGGCAACCUUCUGAUCUCCAUUUUGCUAGUGAAAGAUAAGACCUUGCAUAGAGCACCUUACUACUUCCUGUUGGAUCUUUGCUGUUCAGAUAUCCUCAGAUCUGCAAUUUGUUUCCCAUUUGUAUUCAACUCUGUCAAAAAUGGCUCUACCUGGACUUAUGGGACUCUGACUUGCAAAGUGAUUGCCUUUCUGGGGGUUUUGUCCUGUUUCCACACUGCUUUCAUGCUCUUCUGUAUCAGUGUCACCAGAUACUUAGCUAUCGCCCAUCACCGCUUCUAUACAAAAAGGCUGACCUUUUGGACGUGUCUGGCUGUGAUCUGCAUGGUGUGGACUCUGUCUGUGGCCAUGGCGUUCCCCCCAGUUUUAGAUGUGGGCACUUACUCAUUCAUUAGGGAAGAAGAUCAAUGUACCUUCCAACACCGCUCCUUCAGGGCUAAUGAUUCCUUAGGAUUUAUGCUGCUCCUUGCCCUCAUCCUCCUAGCUACACAGCUUGUCUACCUCAAGCUGAUAUUUUUUGUCCACGAUCGAAGGAAAAUGAAGCCAGUCCAGUUUGUAGCAGCAGUCAGCCAGAACUGGACUUUUCAUGGCCCUGGAGCCAGUGGCCAGGCAGCUGCCAAUUGGCUAGCGGGAUUUGGAAGGGGUCCCACACCACCCACCUUGCUGGGCAUCAGGCAAAAUGCAAACACCACGAGCAGAAGAAGGCUAUUGGUUUUAGAUGAGUUCAAAAUGGAGAAAAGAAUCAGCAGAAUGUUCUAUAUAAUGACUUUUCUCUUCUUAACCUUGUGGGGUCCCUACCUGGUGGCCUGUUAUUGGAGAGUUUUUGCAAGAGGGCCUGUAGUGCCAGGGGGAUUUCUAACAGCCGCUGUCUGGAUGAGUUUUGCCCAAGCAGGAAUCAAUCCUUUUGUCUGCAUUUUCUCCAACAGGGAGCUGAGGCGCUGUUUCAGCACAACCCUUCUUUACUGCAGAAAAUCCAGGUUACCAAGGGAACCUUACUGUGUUAUAUGAAGGAGCAUCUGUAAAUCUUUAGCCUUGUGAAACACUAACCUUCUCUGCUAAGCAAUUGUGGCCUGUAGCCAUUUCUUGAGAAGAAAAUCAAGAAUGGGAUCAGCAGUUAUAAGGAUUUGGGCAACAUUCUGCAGUCUUUGCAAUAGUUCACCUAUAAUCCUAUUUUAAAUCUCAGAGUGAUCCUGCUGACUGCCGGCGAAGGUUUGUAAUUAAGAAAGGACUGAACCACUGCCCUAAGUUUCUUUAUGUGGUUGAAAACUAGAUAAUGAAAGUAGCAGGUGCUAAGUAUCAGUGCUAAAUGCUGUGUAUAUCACUAUUUAUGAAAAAACAUUAAAAAAAAUUAGCUUUGGACAUCUUAAUAAAUUAAGUUGACAUGAGGUAAAUAUGUUGAUAAAAACUAAUUUUAGAAGUUUGAAGACUUUAAAACAUUUCAUACUAUUAUUGUUUUGCAAGGACUAAAAUAUUUGGGGACUUAAAGUACUGUAAUUCACUAAAGACACGCCAUGAAUUAUUGGAUUAUCACACUUUUAAAAAAUCGCCUUGUAAGUUUUGGGGAGCAUUCCAAAGCAGUAUAUUGGUUCCAAUUACAGUUUACUUUUUUUGUAUUAAUACAUUGCUAUUUCUAAAUACCACUUUCCUUACCUACUAGUGAAAUUGCUAGCAUCAAACUGUAUUAUGUGGUUUUUGUUGAUUUGGUAUAAAAUUUUUCCAAUUCAUCUAUAUUUUACAAAUACUAGGUAUUGGUCUGGGAGGCAACAUUAAUGGUACCAACCGGUCACAACUGAGCAGUUCUAAUAAUGCAGAAUAAACACAUGUUGCCUUAAAGGGUUAUCUAGUAUCUUUCAUCUUAUUUAGCAUUGGAGCAAACUGGAGUCAUGGGAAACUGAAUCAGUAACUGGUCAUGGUCAUGCAUCUGGAAGUGCAUGGGCGAUCAUUUAAUACUCUUUUUCCUUUUUCCUCACAUGGUUUGAAAAUUAAGGGUCACAUCACUGGGAUAAUGAGAUUUUCUUCUGAGGUGUGCUACUCAUCACAGUGUGUUCUAAGAAGCAGGCAGUUGAUGUGUGUUUAUAUUUUAAGUCAGCUGUCAAGAGGAGACCACAGCCUUAGUAUGACAUCCUGCACAAUUUGUGAAGCAUUUAUUCUACCGAAGGCACAGUCUUGUUUAUACUUUCUGCACAUUCAGUGUAUUGGUCAUUUAAAUUAUUUCAGUUUUAACUUGUGAAAGCUUAUAAUAUGAUUUCUGGUAUUUUAGAAAUACAUUAGAGUCUGUGCGUCUCAUUCUUUAAGAUACAGAUGUGUGAAUUUCAAUAUAAAGUUGCAUUUGCCAAAA